AUGUCGGGAGAGAUGAGUGAAGUCAUGAGCACACUACACAAAAUAUCUGCUGAGAUGUCAAAUUUCUCAGCUCGGCAAGAGCAGCUUGAAGCUGCACAGGAGCAUAAUAGCAAGCAGCAGGAGGACUCUUUGAACGAGCUAAGAGAGGUCCUUAAUGAAGUGAUUCUUGGGGGUAAAGGACCUGAGAGAGACAAGAGGUCACAACCUGCAGAUGGGGAGCUAUAUUCCCCUAAUAACCAACCCUUCGACUUUGGAGACUUAGCCACACCAAGCACCAGUAAUGUAAGCACUGCACCAGUAGGUACCUUCACUUCUUCUGUUCCGGCUCCUAGUUUGAGUAUUAGACCCAAUGUUAGUAACACUAUGGCAAGUGGUAUGAAUUCUGCUCUUGUCCAGUUGCCUGUGGCUCAAUCUCAACCAAUAGCUCGUUCAAUCAUGGCAAGUAACCCCCCUUUACCUCCUCCACCAUCUUAUGUGCUCACGAGUAUGCCUUCUCCCCACCCCAGACCUGCCCCAAUGCAACCUCUAAAUUUUCCAACUCCACCUCCAAAUGGCAGGGCAUACCAACCCCUAAUGGCCUGGCCUCAAGGCCCUCACACAGGAGUAAUACCUCCCCACCCUGCCUAUACACAGCCCAUACAUUUCCCUCCUUCUUACUACACCCACACUGGCCAUAUUCCUUCCCCUCUAUACCACCAGACUCCUUAUAUGCCAACCUCAUCCCAGUACCAAUAUAACAACAUAGCCCCCAACCAACCACAAACUCAGCAUAACCAUACCACACCCUUGCCCAACAUACCCUAUACAAAGUACACUAAGGUGGACUUCCCUAAGUUUGAUGGAGAGGAUUUAAGAACUUGGCUAUACAAAGUGGAACAAAUUUUUGCAGAUCAGGAAGUAACUAUUCAGCAGAGAAUGAAGCUGGUUUCCUUACACUUUAAAGGAGAUGCCUUACAAUGGUAUCUAGGCUAUAUGAGGAGUAGGGGUCAGAUGCCCUUGCCCACUUGGGAGGACUACCUAUGGGCUCUUUGUGAUAGUUUUGGAGCAGAAUACUCAGACCCCAUGACAGAGUUAAUGAAUAUCAAGCACACUGGUUCUGUCAAGGACUAUUAG